UGGUGACAUGAUAAACAAUCAGAUGUUAUUUGUAAGAACUUGAUAAAUAUGCAAUUAAUUUAAAAUACCAUUUAAAUCUUCCGUGCUGAGAUGAAUGCAUUAAUAUGUCGCUGCCUAAAUUAAUAAAAAGUUCGCUUCAUUUCUUCAAGAAGCAAAUCAUCACUUUCUUAGUUAUUCGUCGCCAUGACCUGGGAAUGGCAGCAGAGUCCCUCCGCUACAUCUCAGUGCGUCCGAUGUCCUCAAUAUCGAUGCUUCGGUACAAAGUGUGGCACCUCCUCGACUUGCCCGACUUCUGCGACGAGCGGAUCAUUCUGAAGAACCACAAGGAAGUGGAGAUUCCACUCACGGAGCUGCUGAGAGGAAAUAGUCCACAAAGUCCGUAUAUUCUGGAGGUCUGGCCGCCGGAGAAGCAGUAUUCUUUUGCCAUGGUAACCAACACGGCCACCACCAGCAACAUGCUCCUGGGCGCGCCCGACGCCGAUACCAGUAACAACACCGAGCAAGCGCCAGAGAAGGGAGAGCGGGAGUGCACGAGGUCUCUUGGUUACAAGCGGGACUUGAAAGAUUUCUCGCUACAGCGAAACUACUUCGAAAGCAAGACCACGAUUAAUAACAUUCUUCACUCGGACGGUUUGGACUAUCGCCCCUCUGACCUUUCCUUCAGAAAGACCACCUCUACAGCCAUGUUCAAACUACACGGCCGCAAGAGCAAAGACAAUCUCACCAACGUCUUAAUAAAAAUACAAAAUGAUUUAGCUAACUUGAGCACUAAAAUGAACUAUUUAGAGACGAGAUUGCCUGACCAGUGAAUGUUGUUCUGUGUCCAAUAAAACAAAAAGUUGAA